CAAACACGUUGAGACCGCUGCUCUUUAAUCAUACGAACAUUUUUUGGUUUUUUUUUUGUCACCUUCGAUUUUUCACAGAUGGAUGAAAAGAUGGGCGAAGAAAAUAGUAAGACUCGCGAUAUCAUAGAAAAGAGCCUGCGAACGGUUUUCAUCGGAAAUAUCACACAAAAGAUCACUGAAGACCAAUUAAGGGGCAUUUUCGGCGAAUUUGGAUAUGUUCGUUCUCUAAAAUUUAUAGAAGACACAGAUAGUGCCAAAAAACAUAAAGGCUACGGUUUUUGUGAAUACAAAAAUCGGGAAACUGCUUUGAAUGCGUUACGAAAUUUGAAUGGCUACGAAAUUGAUGGACAUAAAUUAAUUGUGGAUAAUUUAUGUUCAGAAAAAUUACGCAUGGUGCAAGCGCAGCUGAUGGUGGAAAGGCCACACAAAAAAAUCGCAAAUCCCUAUGAUACAUUCUGCAAUGACGAACAAGCACCCGAAAUUAUCACGAGAAUUGUAACUUCCACGGCACCAGAGCAAAUGUAUGAAUUUAUGAAACAAAUGAAAUUAUAUAUUCAAAAAAAUCCAAGCGGAGCACACCAGAUGCUAGUGCUAAAUCCACAAUUGGCAUAUGCACUGGUACAAUCAAUGGUCGUUAUGGGUAUUGUUGAUCCACAAAAAGCUGUGUCAAUUCUGUUCAAGCCAAGUAAAAUGCCACCGGUCAAAAACACAAACGAAAAAAUCCCGGAAAAUUCCAUCGAUUCAAACAGUUCUAUCCCAUUGCAAAAUAAUGCCAUCGUCAAGAAAGAUGUUGAUUUCCCCGAAAUUGAUUCCACAAUACGAGAACGACACUAUUUUACGGGUUGUUUUGAUAUAUCGCCUCCCCCAACGAAGGUCAAUGGUUCUCAGCCAUCCACAAGUCACAAACGGUCCUUGGAUUUAAUAACGAAAAGCCCAGAAUCAAGUAAAAAAACAAAAUAUUCUUCGGCUACCGCUCAAAUUGAUGAUGUGAAUGAUCCAGAGACCCAAUUGUUAAUGCAAGUUAUGACUUUGAGCGAUGAUACGAUUGCAUCGCUUCCAGCUGAUCUAAAAUCAGCCUUUCACGUUCUAAAGAAAGAAUUUGGUGUAAAUACCGCGAAUUGAUUCUUUUAUCUUAAGCGACAUAUGAAAACCCAUCAAAAUCAUUAAUUCUAUCAUUUUAUUGUUAUAAAUCUAUUUUAAUCUGAAUUGGAAAUUGUCAUUUAUUAGAAGCAUGUUUAAGGUGAAAUGUUACCAGUUUUGUAUAUUUUUAUUAUAUUAGGGAAUAUUAAAGAAUAAAAAUCGUGUCGUCCCAGCACUUUGUAUCAAACUUA